GACUGGUUCGGUAAGAGGGGGAUUUCAUGGCAUAUCAGUGUUGUGAUUAGACGGUCCUCCACAGGUAUAGCGGAACACCAGAUAUUUGUUCAUAUCGUUGAAAACUGUAGCCAAGACGCCAUGACUGUCAUCAGCAUCAUGGAGCACACCCUACGUGAGAUUAAGGCUAGCACUCCUGGCGUCUCUACUGCCUUUUACAGGCAGGAUAACGCCGGAUGUUACCACAACGCGGCCAUGAUUACAGCAUGUCGAUUCAUGGAGUCACGUACGGGAAUAAAGGUCGAGAGAGUAGAUUUUAGCGACCCACAGGGUGGCAAAGGCCCAUGUGAUCGAAAAGCUGCCACCAUUAAGGCCCACGUCCGGCGUUAUAUUGCUGAAGGCCAUGAUGUCACCACCGCAGCUGACCUGCGUCAUGCGAUUCUCUCACACAAUGGCGUCCCGGGUGUGCGCGUCUCAUUGGUAGAUGCGAGUAGUCUGAGGCCUCUGAGCAGCGAAGCCAAGAUUGAUGGCAUCACUAAACUAAACAACUUCAGUCUUAGUGACAAGGGCCUAACGAUGUGGAGGGCCUAUGACAUCGGUAUAGGGAGAACAGUUCCCUGGCAAAGAUUACAAGUUCCAGCGACCGUAGAGUUGGUGAGCUUUGAAAGUGCUUUCAGUCCGGGUGGUUUCAUCGCCAUCAAAUCACGCCGCAUCAAGCCCGUUGAGCUGUCUGUGGCAAGUGGCUUGUCGAGCGUUCAAACAGAUGGUCAAUCUGAUGAGGCUGAUGACGACAAUGAAUCCGAGGAAGAGAUAGAGGAAGAAUCCCCUAAGCUGUUCUGCUGCCCAGUUGAGGGUUGCAUAAAGGCGUACCACCGUCACAGUUCUUUGGAGGACCACAUCCAGUUCGGGAAGUGUCGUAUCGUUGAAGAACGGUACACACUAUUCGAUCGGGCGGCAAUAGCUUACCGCGAGAAGCUUUUGCAGGGAGAUGAGCUGCAACCAACCCUAGAACCGGUCCUGCAAGAAAAGGCGUCGAAUGACUUGUGUCUUGGAUGGGCUCUGAAAACAGCUAGAAAGGCAACCCGCUUUAGCGAAAAGCAGAAGGCCUUCCUAGACGAGGUAUUUCAGAAGGGGAUUGAUACCGGUCACAAGCUUGACCCUGCAACUGCUGCCCUAGAGAUGCGCUACGCCAAGGACCUGACUGGGAAACGUCGCUUUCAAGUUGAUGAAUUCUUGUCAGACAGUCAGGUCCAGUCGUACUUUUCAAGGAUGGCCUCCAAGCGAAGAAAGGCGCUUGAUUCGACUCAGUCCGAGGGCGACAGCGGAGAUGAAGACGCCAAAGCCGCAGAUGAACAGGCAAGCUACGCCUCGGCGCGCGCCCUCAUCCUAGAGGAGUGUCAACUCUAACAUCCUAUCGAAUAUGAGUCUAUCAAUUUCUGCCAACUUUACGAAAAAGGCAAACUGAGCACCCUAAACUUGGUUUUAUUAAGACAAGUUUUAGACUUCCUCGAUUUGGAUAUUGACCCCAAGCUCCGUAGGAAGGCUCCCAUUAUUGAUAAAAUUUCUGCAGUAAUCAAGCAGUGCUCAUGCGCACACAACUAAUAUGCAAAUAAACGUAAAUACGUAUACAAUUUUUACCCUUACGCCUAAGUUCUUCACCAAACCAUCAGAUGUUUUUGAAAAUAGCCAAACAAAACAUGAUAUCGACUUUUUAUCAAAUAUGAUGUUCUAAUAAAGAAAGACUAAGACCCAACACUGUCUGUUCUUAUGUAGAUUAGGAUACCUGUGGAAAGUCACGCAUUCUCAUCUAGCAGACCGCUGAUCAGUUGUUGUCAUCUGAAACCAGACUCGUGUUCAAGUACUUGACCUUUGCAUUGAAAUUAAUCUUACAAAUAGGCCUUUUCCCCAGAAACCUCUUGGCAGAAGUAACUUCCAAGGAUGAACCAAGACUAUUAUACAGCAUCUGAGAUUAGUAUACAGCAAGGGUAGAGUUUAUUUUCCGUUAUUUGUCUCCUGUACAAACAGCUAUGGCAGGACAAUCACGAACCAGCUGUUACAUCAUGACACGGAGGUCGGCUCCAAUGCUGAGAUAUUAAGAUAGCCUACAACACAGCCAACCGAACCUUUAGUCGAGCCCCCAAUAUCCAUUGAACACCAAUCGCAGUAGGAUAGCGAGAUGACACCAGCCGUCUGUCGCACCAAGGGCCUGGGCUUUACUUGUCGUCCUACUAUAUAUGAGCAAAUGUGACUUGGUGGGGCACAAUAAAGUUAUAUAUUUGUCAAA